AUGGACCCCUUGGCUGCGGCGGCAUUGGGAUUAGCGGCGCAUGCGGGGCUCGAGGCCAAAAAAUCGGAGGAAGCGGCCUCCGAUCCUUUCGCCUCGGCUGUGAAGGGCCUUGCGGUCCACGCCGGCCUGGAGAAGAAGAAGCCGGCGAAGGAAGCCGCCGAUCCCCUGGCUGCUCUCACAGCGGGGCUCGUCGCUCACGCCGAGGAGGUGAAGCAGCGGCCGCCGGUAUGGGGCGAAGAGCUGGAUGAUCCCUUCCUGGGGCCACGAAUCGCUCUGGCCGCCGAGGAUGCCAUGAAGAGCAUCCAGGCUGACUGGGGCCCCGUCUUUGUCUACGGUCCGAUGCUUCUUCCUGCCGUUUGGGGUCACCUGAUUGGCAGAGUGCCUGACAUGGCCCCAGCUCGCCUUCCUGGCUUCGUGCGCAGGGGUCUGAUUUGCUCCGGUGAAGCGGCGCUCGUCCCCGAGGAGGAUGGGUUUGCCAUUGGCCAGGUCGUCUACGGCCUGCUUCCAUGGGAGAGAAGGCUCAUGGACUCCGUUAUCGAGGACACCUUCUCCAUGGAAACUGGCCUCGUUCAGCUGAUCGAGGACGACGAGCGCCGGGAUCUGGAGGUGACGCUGUACGUCUGGAGGGAAGAGUUCCUGGAUGGCAUCACAGAUGAUGACUGGUCGAUCGAGACCUUCGAGGCGGAGUGGCUGCCAGAGUUCGCGCUUGUCUGCCAAGACAUGCGCGAGCAUCACAAGACGAACAAGCUCGGCGACGAGGAACUCAAGGAGACGCUACUCGUGGGCCGCCGAUCUCAGAAGUUCAUUGGCGAGGAUGAGCCCGUCCUGGACGACUAG